AUGAAAGGUUGUGAUAGAAAACCGAGACGAGUUGGAAGAGCGGUAACUACUACCCGCAAGCCUACCACCACUACGCGCAAGCCUACGACCACUACGCCCGAGCCUGUCACCACUACGCCCGAGCCUGUCACCACUACGGCCGAGCCUGUCACCACUACGCCCGAGCCUGUCACCACUACGCCCGAGCCUGUCACCACUACGGCCGAGCCUGUCACCACUACGCCCGAGCCUGUCACCACUACGGCCGAGCCUGUUACUACUACAGCAAUGCCUGAGAGCGAGGCGACUACGGAAAUCUCGAGCCCUUCCCAGACGACGCCUGAAGCUAUCAACACCAAGCUGGAGAAUGACACUUCUCCUGAUGUGCAGCCGACAGAGGAGAAGAGCUCAGGUGGGGCUCAGCGUCUGCGUUUUUGCUUGCGUUGUAGCGCUUCCGCAGAUGAAGCCGCGUCGCCAGAGUCGAUGCCUGAUGAUAUGGUUGUCCAUGGCACUCCCGAAGGGGAAACGGAGAGCUCCGAGGCGACUAACACCGGAAGGGCUGACCUGUCGGGGACAAGCGAUUCUAACUUGGAGUCUGAUGGGAAGGAACUGAAUGCAGCUCGUCCAGUUGACUCUACAGCUGAUGAGAAGCCGACUGAUGCUGGCGCGGCUGGUGAGUCGUCUUCCUCGGAAGAAGUGGAGAAUCUCAAAGGCAAGAAGUCUGGCAAGAGUGGCCCAUUCGUGUUGAAGGGUGUCAAAAGACAUGUGACGAUAUCUCAAGAAGAGGAGUGGACCAAGGCCGGGCAUAGGAAGCGAAAAUCCGCCUAG